AUGACUCAUACCGAAACCCUAAAUCUUCUCGAUGAAAUCGAAUCUCUUGUCUCCGAUCAGCUUCAAGUGGUAUCUUUCAAAUGGCUGAGUCGAAAUUGCUCGAUUUCGUCAGAAACUGCCAAGAGGUUGCUUAAUGAUUUUGUCGAAAAACACGGGAAGUGUUUGGAAGUUGUAUAUACUGUGUCCGGGUGGUUAAAGAACAAACCUUCCGAUUACCUCACAAGGCUCGUUUCUAGCUCCGAACUUCCAGAAGUGGAGAAAGAGUUCAAUGGAACAUAUUCAGUUCAUAUAUACAGUGUUCAGUCUAGUAUUCCAAAGGAUCCAGUAGCCUUAUGGAACUCUGAGUUUGUACAAGCAGAAGAACUCUUCAAGCAGCCUUCUGAUACUGAUAAUUGCUUGAGAGGCAACAGGUUUUGUGGCAUUUCCAAUUCUUUUGUGAAGCGUAAUCUAGAGGGAGCCACUGCAAAUGUUACAUCUCUGCAAACUGAGAGUGCGAAAACUACAGUACAAUCUAAAAGUGGUUUUAAUUGUCAAGAAGGUACAGUGCCCUUGAACCAGGGAAAGGGAUUUCAGCAACCAAUCCCUAACGUUAGCCAUCAGGCUAAAAGUGAAACUAAUACUGCUCCAGCACAAAAUCAGUCUGUGAAAUCCUCCUCUGAUAAAGAAAAACCCCUUCCCGUGCCGGCUAAUAAAAAGAAUGGACAGGGCGAAAAGAGCGUGACUGGAACUGGGGGUUUGUUAAAAAAUAUGUGGGGCCGUGUGCCUGCGAAAACAGAAGGCGAAAAUGCAACUAUAGAGGUCAAACAUCAUGAUCAUUCAGAAGCCCAAAAACCCUCUCACGACGCCAACAAUAAGGGAGACAGCGAUGAUGAGACCCGAGAUGUCAAUUUCAGGAGAGCGUCUAAAAAUGAUAACAGAAAUAGGAAAGUGAUAUUUGAUCUUUCAGAUGAAGAGUGUGAAGAUGUUAUCAGCUUAGCAUCUCCUAGUAGUCCAAAGAUUAAUUCACUUCCAGAUCGCGAACAGACCAAAGAUUCGGGUCCAGAGAAGCCUGACGCAUCUGGAGAGAUAAAAACUGAUGAGCCAGAGUUAACCAAAGAAGACAGGCAAAAAACUGCCUCUGCGGAUACUUGUGGUGUCAAAAAGAACGAGAAAUCUAUGGCUUUGUCAAUGGAGAAGAUCCAGGCCAUUGGUUCUGAAGGUGAAGUGAAUCCCUCAAAGAGAAGAAUAACUGAUGCUCCUAGUUCACCGAAAAGGAAAAAAGUGUUGAAGUCGCGGAUCGAUGAUCGUGGGAGAGAAGUAACUGAGGUAGUCUGGGAGGAGACAGAAACAAAGAAGAAAGAGGAGACUGAUACAAGUAAGAAGUUAAACGACGGCAAAAACGCAAAUGCUAUUAACAGAGCGGUUGCGCAGAGGAAGAGCCCGGCCACCACCACAAACGCAGGAGGUAAAGCAGGAAGCAAGAAAGGCGGAAACGUCAAAGAUCCUAAGCAAGGGAACAUCAUGUCGUUCUUCAAGAGAGUUUAA